GAAACAGAAACAUGCAUGUUUUAAAUAUUAAAGUUUAGAACAUCAUACUUUUUUUCUUUACAUUUAAGAUGAUGAUCACUUUUUAUGUUCGUUCAAUGUUAUAACAUGGGUGUGUCCACCAGAUAGUUGGGAUCUGCAUUAUUCUUGUCCUUAAAAUGAGUAUUUUCUCACCUAAAACGUCAUAGCAUUCGAACUAAAAAUGAAAUACACAAGAAGUUGUGUUGUGGUCGAGGCCACUGAGACUUUGAGGGCAGAAGACUGAGACCAAUUUGAGUGCAGAACAAACUAUUAGUUGGUUCCAACGACAGCAUUGAAAUUCUUGAUUUAUUUAGAAAUGUAUUUGAGAAAUAAAUGUGUCUAUGACUUAUAAACGUAUGCGUCUGUAUUUCAGUUUGCUCUCUGUCUCGGUCUGGCUCUCCUCAUUGGUCUCUGUUUCGGGUUCGGUGGUCUCAACUACAACACAAGUUGCUGAAGUGGAAGAUGGUGUGAUGACUUCCGCACCAGAAGAAGAACCAUAAAUGAUUUAUAAUGUGUUGAAACAAAUGAAAAGCACCACUUUUGGCUGAUGCAUGUUUAGUGUGAGAAGUGAAAUGUAAUGUGAAUGAAGGUCUCGCUCAUUGUUUGGUAGUAGACACUGCAGUAGUUGAAAAACUUCACCUCUAAACUCUGCGAUCUGCUGUCAUAGCCAUUACUGACUGAUAUGGUCCAUGUACUUGUCGCUGGAGUGGAGCACUUGAGGUCAUCCAAAUGAGGAACACAAGAAUGCCAAAUUUGUGACAAUCAAGCUCCACAUUCUACAUGCAGAUCAAAGUCCUGCCCUUCAGCUUCAGCAGUGCAACCACCUUCCGCACAUCGAUUAGGGCCGGCACUUCUGGAUUUAGCGUCUCAGGUUUCAGGACUGUAUCCUGUAGUUGUUUACUUUUCAUGACACUCAGCGAUGACGGACACACGGAGAGUGUAACAUGAAGACGGAUCGUCGCUGACUCUUCUGGGAUCUACGAGGAAACAUUAGUAAGCAAGAGGCAUGAUCACCAGCUUCCAGGAAGAAGCUGUCUUCGGUGGCCCCGAUGUUACCAAACAGAAGAGGUUAAUCCACUUCUCCAGUGGGGAGGUGAUGGUGGAGGAUGAGGAGGACGAGCAGCAGGCUUUAAGAGGCUACAACGGAGACCAUGCGAAUAAGCUCUCCAAGGCUUCGUCCUUCAAGCGAAUGGCCUUGCUGGUCGGGAGGAUGUCGCUGCUGACCUGUGAUUUUGUUGGCGAGCGUCUGACCGGUGCUCUCGGUCUGACCGCGGCCAAAUACCAGUACGCCAUCGAUCAACACGACCGCGAGCAGCAGGCAAAACGCUUUGACAGAAGUUACUCGUCGGAGGCAGAGGAGGAGAAAAUACACCUGUCGCUGAUGGGAAACAGGAGACAUUAUGGGGCAAUAGAAGAAAGGCCGUGUUCCAUGGAGCUGCAGGAAGUGUGCGACAGGGAGCUGAUGCCUUCUGCAAGUGUCAAUGGUGGCUACCAGUGUGAUGAAAACUAUUUUGAAUAA